AUGGGAUCUAUAGCAGCAUCAGGGCCGUCACAGUCAGGGAUACGGAUAGCAAUUGAUCGAGGAGGCACAUUUUGCGAUUUCUGGGCACGAAUUCCUGGACGAAAAGACGAUGUGAUUCUCAAAAUCCUUUCGAGCGCACCGGAGGAGUAUGAAGAUGCCCCGACCGAAGGGAUCCGCCAGAUAUUGAGCAUCGCGGAGGGAAAGGAGAUCCCAAAGGGCACCCUGAUUGACCUGGCGGGAGUCGAAUCCAUCAGAAUGGGAACAACUGUUGCCACCAAUGCCUUAUUGGAAAGAAAGGGGGCACGAGUGGCUCUUCUGAUGACCAAAGGCUUUCGUGACUUGUUGGUGAUUGGCAAUCAGGCUCGCCCACAUCUCUUUGACCUGUCCAUCCACAAACUCGAUGUCCUCUACGAAAAAGUGGUGGAGAUCGACGAGCGAGUCACUGUGGAAGGCUUUGCUGAAGAUCCCGAGCCUGAGCCCAUUGACAUUCAAUCCGAUCAGCAACUCGUCGAGGGAUUAACGGGAGAGGCCAUUCGGAUUCUGAAGGUGCCGGAUCUGGAGAUAGUCACCAAGGACCUGCUCAGCUUAUGGGAAGAGGGCUACCGUGACAUUUCUCUGGCCCUUUUACACUCGUACGCUUAUCCCAACCAUGAGGCCGCCAUCGCGAGAAUCGCUCGCCAGAUCGGGUUCCGUGUCUCGGUCUCAUCCGAACUGCAGCAGAUGAUCAAGAUAGUGCCCCGGGCUCAAUCGGCCACUGCAGAUGCCUACCUUUCUCCGGUCAUCAUACGGUAUUUGGAUGGCUUCCGCAAGUCAUUCAAGGGGCAGCUUACGGACGAGAAUGCAAAUAAGUUCCUGUUAUGUCAAUCCGACGGAGGCUUAACGCCCAUUACUACUUUUACAGGACUUCGUGCGAUCCUCUCCGGGCCCGCAGGAGGCGUUCUUGGGGCUGCCAAAACGUGCUACGAUCCCGAGCAAGGCGUCCCAAUUCUCGGCUUUGAUAUGGGAGGUACUAGCACCGACGUUUCUCGGUUCAGCGGGACCCUAGAGCAUGUGUUCGAGACCACGGUUGCCCAGGUCACCAUACAGAACCCCCAGUUGGACGUCCAAACUGUCGCGGCGGGCGGCGGAAGUCGAUUAUUCUACCACAACGGCCUCUUCGUGGUCGGUCCGGAGUCCGCAGGAGCGUAUCCUGGUCCGGCAUGCUACGGGCAUGGAGGACCUCUGACGAUAACAGAUGCGAACUUUUUCCUCGGCCGCAUAUUACCACACUAUUUCGCGCGUCCAUUGGACAGGCAGGUGGUGGAGACGAAAUUUCAGGAGCUCACUCGCGAGAUCAAUGCUCAACGGCGACAAGAAGACCCUCUCACGGCCGAGCAGGUUGCCACGGGGUUUCUGCUGGUUGCAAAUGCGGCCAUGACCCGCCCCAUUCGUUCUCUUAGCGAAGGCCGGGGGUUCGAAACGUCUGCUCACCACUUGGUAUGUUUUGGCGGCGCCGGCGGCCAACAUGCCACGGCGAUGGCACGGGAUCUGGGGAUCAAACGAGUCAUCAUUCACCGGUAUUCGAGUAUUCUCUCCGCCUAUGGCAUGGCUCUUGCAGAUGUUGUGGUCGACCUUCAAGAACCCGAAUCGAUCACCUACUCCGGCGAUACUACUCCCAGAAUCCGAGAGCGCUUUGACCUCUUGAAGCAGCGGGCGAUAGGACAGCUACUGGCUCAGGGUUUCACUACUGAGAGGAUCGAGUGCGAGACGUUUCUCAACAUGCGCUACAGAGGAAGUGACACGUCCUUGAUGAUUCAAUCCAUGCCAGAGUCAGACGAUUUUGGGAAGAUGUUUGUCGAGCGGCAUCGACGCGAAUUCGGAUUUGACCAACCCAGGGAAAUCUUGGUCGAUGACAUUCGAGUCCGCGCGAUUGGAAAAAGUGUCGAGCUGCCGACGCCCAGCCGAUUUGGCGGGUUAAAACAGAUUGGACAAGGGGAGCCAAUGCCUCAAGAUAUUCGACAAGUAUAUUUCGAGAAGCAAGGCUGGUUGGACGCAAAGGUCUAUCAUCUUGGAACUGUCCCAAAAGGCACCAGAUUCCGGGGCCCCGCCAUGGUCGUGGAUGAGACUCAGACGAUCGUCCUUGACCCAGACAGCGAAGCAAGCAUCCUUGCCGAGCAUGUUGUGAUCGAGUUGCUGGAUGCGAAGGUGGAUAAGAUCAGCACUGAAGAAAUUGACCCUGUCAGGCUGUCUGUCUUCGGGCAUCGGUUCAUGAGCGUCGCUGAACAGAUGGGCGAGACGCUCCGAAAGACCUCAAUCUCAACCAAUAUCAAAGAGCGGCUCGAUUACAGCUGUGCAGUGUUCGACGCUCAAGGAAUGUUAAUAGCAAACGCACCUCAUAUUCCAGGCCAUCUGGGCUCGAUGAGUUACGCAAUUCGAUACCAAGCAGAGAAGUAUGCUAAGGAUGAACUGAAGCCGGGAGAUGUCUUGCUGUCUAACCAUCCCUGCGCGGGUGGUACACAUCUCCCUGAUUUGACCGUCAUCACACCAGUCUUCGAUGAUGACGAGACACCGACCGAAAUAUUGUUUUUCGUCGCGAAUCGAGGUCAUCACGCCGACAUCGGCGGGAUAGCUGCCGGCUCGAUGCCGCCCAAUUCCACCGAGCUCUGGCAGGAGGGAGCAGCCAUCGAGUCGUUCAAGAUGGUCAAUCAGGGGGCAUUCGACGAGGUAGGCUUGAUCCACCACUUGGUGGAUGUCCCCAGUAGGUAUCCCGGCUGUUCGGGAACGCGAACAUUGAAAGACAACAUCGCGGAUCUCAAGGCUGGCAUUGCCGCGAACCAGCGGGGGAUCCACCUCAUUCAGGGUCUCAUUCGCGAGUAUACCUGGCCGGUGAUCCAAUUCUACAUGGACGGGAUCCAGAAGAAUGCCGAGAGCACGAUUCGCGCCCUCCUCAAGGCUUUUAGCCGUCGAUUCCGCGGGCGACCUCUGCGCGCGGUGGACUACCUUGACGAUGGGACUGCCCUGGUGCUGAACAUCAUCAUCAACCCCGACGACGGCUCUGCCAAAUUCGACUUCACUGGCACGGGCCCGGAAGCUCUGAACAACCUAAACGCCCCACCGGCGAUCAUGUUCAGUGGCAUCAUGUACUGCCUUCGAACCAUGGUCUCAGCGGACAUACCACUGAAUCAAGGUUGUCUCACCCCAAUUGAGGUGAUCUGUCCGCCCAACUCCAUCCUCAAGCCCAGCCUGAGCGCUGCGACGGUCGGUUCGAACGUGGAGACCUCCCAGCGCAUUGUCGACGUCAUCUUCAAGGCAUUCCGCGUCGCCGGCGCCAGCCAGGGCACGUGCAACAAUCUAACAUUUGGCUACGGCGGCAGCGACGGCCAGGGAAACACAGUCAAGGGGUUUGGAUACUACGAGACCAUUGCAGGCGGCUCAGGGGCCGGCGCUGAUUGGGACGGACAGCACGGCGUGCACACGCAUAUCACCAACACGCGGAUGACGGAUCCGGAGACGCUGGAGAAAAGAUAUCCCGUCCUUCUGCGCGAGUUCUCCAUCCGAAAGGGCAGCGGAGGCGACGGCCGUACUCGCGGCGGCGACGGGUGCGUCCGCGACAUUGAGAUGCGCCGUCCAUUGCAGGUGAGCAUCCUGUCGGAGCGGCGCGUGAUUCCGCCAUAUGGAAUGGCUGGCGGGGAGGCCGGCGCACGGGGCUGCAAUCUCUGGAUCAGACACGAUCGGGAGGCCGGGACGUGUCGAACCAUCAAUCUCGGCGGCAAGGCCAGCGUGCAAAUGGAUGUUGGUGAUCGCAUUAUAGUCAUGACCCCCGGCGGUGGUGGCUAUGGUGUGUCACCCACAAAGGUUCCGGAACCGGACAUGGAGACGGAGUUUACGAUCAAGGAUCGCGUGAGAUUGUUUUGA